AGUACUGAUGGGGUUCACAAUCUUCGUAAUGACGGACUGGAUUUUGCGAUCCCUCCGCAGGAGAAAUUUCGGAGCGGGCAUCUGCUUGGCAAUGCGGUUCCUCUUUCUCGCGUAGUACCGGUGGAUGUUUUAGCGGAAAGUGGGGAAGAAAUAUGUGGCAACGUACAUUCACCAGAUUCUUCUUCGCUUCAAAAUAGUCAUUCCCGAAGGGAGAUUCCUUAUGGAGCUAAUGGAGUCAAUAAUUACGGUAUUGAUGGCUAUUCGAACUCAAGCUCGUCUAUGGACGCUGUGCAGCAAUCAGUGCGGCAGAAUGGGAAGAAGGAGGGGAUGAGUGAAUCCACGAACGAGGAAGAAGAGGGUUCGUCGGAGGCUUGUGGAAGCUCUAGCUUUCUUGGGAGGAUGGGUAGAGGGGAAGGUGAGGGUAUCCGAGGGCAAAGAGGAGGAUACGCGGCAGACUGCAACUUAAGUGAGGAUCAGUAUCAAGGAAAUACAGCGGCUUAUGUUGAUCAGGGGUUUCAUGUUAGUGCCCCACCAUUCCAUGGUUCUCUUGAUGAAGUCAACCAAACUAUUGAUCCAACAACCAAUUUAACUUCAUGUGAAAUUCCCCAUAAGGCUGCUUUUAACGCCUAUUCUGCUGAGGGUGAUAUUAAUUCUUAUAGAAAUUCAGAAAGCCAAAAUGCCAACCGGGAUAUUAGGUCCCCUACAGUUGAUAUUGAGACUUCAGCACCUUCCAAGAUUUUGGCAUUAAAAGUUCCCACUUUUCAUGCAUGUGAACAAGGGCCUUGGUAUUCUGUAAUUGCAUAUGAUGCAUGUGUUCGUCUCUGCCUUCACGCAUGGGCACAGGGUUGCAUGGACGCUCCAAUAUUCUUGGAAAAUGAAUGUUUGUUGUUGCGAAAUUCUUUUGGUUUACAGCAGAUAAUGUUGCAAUCCCAAGAGGAGCUCUUGGAAAAGCAUUCUUCAGAACCUCUCGAAGGAACCAUGUUACAAAAAAGAACAUUUGGAAAGUUGAAAGUUCAAGUCCAUAGGGUCAGAAUGUCGUUAAGGAGACCAAUAUUAAAACAGUGUUUAUUCAAGGAUCAAAAGUCAAACUUCCAGUCAACUGUAUCAUUGAGAUUGGCUUCUCUACGGGGGGUUAAAGUAUUACCAAGUAUACCUGCCAAUAUUUCUUUUAGCAGGGCUUAUAUGCAAGGUAGCACACAAUACAUGAAGCAGGUUUCUGCGCUCCUCAAAACUCAAGUUAAUUCUCUCAAUGCUUGUACUUGUGCAGUUCCACGAGUAGAAGAAUCAUAUUUUUGCCAUUUGAGAUUGAAAAGCUUAGCUGAAGAGAACAUGACCAGGAUGCAAGUUGGUUCUGGUGAAAAACAUGUUUUUUUCCCUGAUAGUAUGGGAGAUGAUCUAAUUGUUGAAGUUCAUGAUUCCAAAGGAAAGAUUCUCGGUCAGGCUGUUGUUCGGUUGGCAGAUAUUGUGGGUGAUCCGAGUGAGAAAGUUCGUUGGUGGUCUAUUUAUCGGGAACCGGAAAAUGAAUGUGUGGGACAAAUUCAGCUUUAUGUAAAAUACUCGACUGCUACAGAUGAAAGCAAUCCUCUAAGGUGUGGAUCUGUCGCAGAAACUGUGGCAUAUGACAUUUUGUUGGAAGUUGCAAUGAAAGUUCAAAAUUUUCACCAACGCAGUUUGCUAUUACAUGGACCCUGGAAAUGGUUACUAGCAGAAUUUGCUUCCUAUUAUGGUGUUUCAGAUGCAUACACAAGGCUAAGAUAUCUUUCUUACAUCUUGGAUGUAGCAACCCCCACAACAUAUUGCCUAACAUUGGUGCAUGAUCUUCUUGCACCUGUACUUCUGAGGACUGGCAAUGAAAGAACUUUGAGUCAUCAAGAGAAUCGUAUCCUUGGAGCAAUUGAGGUGCAAAUUGAUAUAGUUUUAGCUUUGGUUUUCGAAAACUACAAGGCACUGGAUGAGUCAUUACCUUCAGGAAUAGUUGAAGUGUUCCGACCUUCUACUAGCAUACCAGCUGCAGCUUUGGUGCCUGCUGUAAAUCUAUACAAGCUUUUGCAUGAUAUAUUGUCUCCUGAGGCUCAACUAAAACUUUGCAGCUAUUUCCAGGUUGCUGCUAAGAAGAUAUCAAGGAUGCAGCUAUCUGAAACUGAUGAAUUAAUUGCAAGUAGCAUUGGUGGGAUUUCUACAAGCAGUAAUGGAGGUCCUAUGAUGGAAGCUGUAACUCUUACUACUGCUUAUGAAAAGAUGAAAAAUUUAUGCUUAAAUAUAAGAAAUGAAAUAUUUAUUGAUAUUGGAAUUGAUGAUCAGCAUUUACUGCCUAGUUUUGUAGAACUGAAGAAUAUAUCAGCUUCAAUUUACAGCGUGGAACUUUGUAAUCGAUUACGUGAAUUCCUUAUUGCAUUUCCUCCCACUAGCCCUUCACCACAUGUGGUUGAUCUCAUCAUUGCUGCAGCUGAUAUUCAGAAGGAUCUCCUUCACUGGAAUAUAUGUAAUGUAAAGGGGGGUGUUGAUGCGAAAGAGCUCUUUCACCUGUACAUUAUAAUCUGGAUUCAAGACAAACACUUGCAGCUUUUGGAGAAAUGCAAUCAAGACAAGUGUUGCCAGGCAAAGUGUUCUGCCAUUAGAACGCCUCAUUUGUCAAACCCUUUUGUUGACGACAUGUAUGACCUACUGAGGAGUACUCUCAACGAGUAUGAAGUUAUCAUUCGUCGCUGGCCAGAGUACAAUUCGCUUCUCGAAAAUGUAAUUGCAAAUGUUGAGAAAUCAAUUAUUGAGGCUUUAGAGAGGCAGUAUGCCAAUGUUUUAGCUCCGUUGAAGCACGCUCUAACACCCAAGAAAUUUGGACUCAAAUAUGUGCAAAAACUAGCUAAAUGCAGUAAUUUACGCCCUUAUGCGGUACCCGAUGAGCUUGGAGUUUUAAUGAAUAGUAUCAAAAGAUUGCUUGAUGUUUUGCGGCCGACGGUAGAAGCGAAAUUUAAUUCUUGGGCUUCUUAUAUGCUUGAUGGAGUAAAUAAUUCUAUUGGGGAACGCCUUAGUGAAGUCACAGUGACACUUAGAGCCAAAUUCCGAAACUACUUGCAAGCAAUUGCAGAGAAGCUUGUGGAGAAUAUUCGUUCACGACGUGCCACGAGAUUGAAGAUGAUUAUCCGAGAUUCGAAGGAUUUCAUAGCUGAAUCUGAUAUCAGGAACAGGAUGCAACCACUUAAGGAUGAACUUCUAAAGAUGAUAAAACGCCUUCAUGCAAUUUUUGAGAUGCGCGUCUUCGUGCUAUUAUGCCGUUGCUUCUGGGAUAGGAUGGGACAGGAUGUUCUAACUUUCCUAGAGAAUAAGAAGAACAGAAUUUGGUAUGGAAGUGCAAGAGUCGCAGUUUCUAUUUUGGAUGAAACAUUUGGAUCACAAAUGCAACAAUUGCUUGGAAAUGCGGUGCAGAGAGAGUUGGAGCCUCCAAGUUCUAUAAUGCAAGUGCGUUCAUUGCUCUGUAACUGUUUACCCAGUCAUAAGAAUUCCAAUUUUAAUUACUAGAACUUUCUUUUACCUGACUACAAAAGAUCUCCAUUUGUUCCCUAUUUAGUGGCAUUCUUUAUUUAUUUAGUUAGUUAUCUGAGGAUAGGUAGAAGUUUUAGAAAUAUAGGCAUUUGUUUUAGGGUUAUGUAGCAAGGCUGGAUUGGUUGGAACAGCCAUUAAGGAGUCUGUACAGUUUAGUUGAUUGGCUGCUUCUUGCUUGCCUAUGGUUACAAUUUAUGUAAA